AUUUUCUCACAUAUAUAUAUUUCUUCUUGUCCCUUCUUCUCCUUUUCUGCGAGAAUUCUUUUUUUUUUAAAUCCUCGGUUGGGAGCAAAAAAUGGGAAUUCUCAACGACGACGCCGUUUUAAUCGAACCGGGAAAAAACUCCGGCGAUCCCACCAUGGUCACCGUGAAUUGCCCAGAUGAAUCAGGUCUCGGUUCAACUCUCUGUAGAAUCAUCCUCGAGUUCGGUCUCUCCAUCACCAAAGCAGAUUUUUCAACGGAUGGAAGAUGGUGUUACAUAGUGUUUUGGGUCAGUCCUGAUAACGGUUCUUCUAGAUUCGAUUGGGACAGCUUGAAGAACCGUCUCUUGUCUGCUUGUCCGUCUUGCUUGGGUUCCUAUUACUCCUCUCUUCAGUCUUCUAAUGUCUCUAAGCCUCCUUCUCUUUACCUCCUCAAGUUCUUCUGCCGCGACAGGAAAGGACUGCUUCACGAUGUUACUAAAGUCCUGACAGAGCUAGAGUUUACUAUCCAACGAGUCAAAGUCACGACAACGCCAGACGGAAGAGUCUUGGACAUGUUUUUCAUCACUGACGCAAUGGAUCUACUGCACACUAAGCAGAGACAAACCAAAACGUGCGAUCAUUUGACAGCUGUGCUCGGGGAACACGGUGUGAGCUGCGAGAUUGAGCUAGCUGGUCCCGAGCUAGAGAGUCUCCAACGAUUCUCUGCCCUUCCACCUGAAGCUGCUGAUGAGCUCUUCGGCUCUGACGUUACUUCAAUCUCCAACAAAGUUGUUCUCACGGUCGAUAACCACUUGAGCCCUGCGCAUACGCUGCUUCACAUCAACUGUAUCGAUCAGAAGGGGCUUUUCUACGAUAUCCUCAGGACUUCUAAAGACUGCGACGUCCAUAUUGCUUACGGUAGAUUCUCAUCGAAGGUUAAAGGCUAUAGGAAUCUGGACUUGUUUGUGAGAGGUACUGACGGGAAGAAGAUAGCUGACCCGAAACAUCAAGACAGCUUCUGUUCUCGUCUUAAGGAGGAGAUAUCGUGUCCUUUGAGAGUUAUAAUCGUGAACCGAGGACCAGACUCUGAGCUAUUAGUAGCCAACCCUGUGGAACUAUCUGGUAAAGGAAGGCCACGAGUUUUCUACGAUGUCACACUCGCUUUGAAGUCUCUUGGAAUCUGCAUCUUCUCUGCUGAGAUUGGGAGGCACUCGACUUCGGAUAGACAAUGGGAAGUGUAUAGGUUUCUUUUGGAGGAGCGUCGUGAGUUUCCAUUGGACCGUGCUAGGAAUCAGAUAGUGGAUAGAGUGACAAAGACACUUAUGGGUUGGUGAAAGUGGAUGAGAGACUUUAACGUUGUAUCCUAGGGGCCUUAAGAAACCGAGUCUUGGCUCGAUGAAGGGUUCAAGUAAAGAGAUUUGGAGAGUGGUUGGUUGCUUUUGUGUGGAGCUUAGCCGUGAGUUGCGUUGUAAAGAUAUGGAUAAAUUGUAAAAAGGGAUUAAAGUGCAAUUGCAAUGAAUGCUUUGUAACUCACUUUGGUUUAAUCGAAUCAUACGGACGUGUCUUGA